UUACAAACUUCUUUUUUUUUUCAGGCAAACAAACCUUCCUUGAUUACUUAGUGCAUUUCUUAAAUCUCUGUAAAACCCUAAAAGCUGGUGUUCCUCAAACUCUCAACCACUGCAUCACUACCCCAAGAACCAGCCAUGGCGCUGACCUCUCUCCGCCUCCGCCGAACUCUCAGCAGCACCAUAUCCACACUCGGCCGCUCUCUCGCCGCUACUUCUGCAAUUUUUGCUCCCUCUUCCUCAUCGCCUCCACUCCAGGGCUUCAUUUCGGUAGAUUCCCCAGCUUUGGCAGAGCAUUCACGGUCUCUGCUCCGUCAUUCUCGUCAAUUCAGAUCGUCGUCUCUCUCGCUCUUGUCUGCCCGAUCAGCAUACGGCAAUAGCAACAACCAGAACGAUGAAAUUGGGCCGGACACGAUACUGUUUGAGGGAUGUGACUACAACCACUGGCUUAUCGUCAUGGAUUUCCCUAAGGACUGUAAACCUUCCCCUGAAGAAAUGGUUCGUACGUAUGAGGAAACCUGUGCCAGGGGCUUGAACAUCAGUAUGGAAGAGGCAAAAAAGAAAAUGUAUGCGUGUAGCACAACAACUUACACAGGCUUUCAAGCUGUAAUGACCGAAGAAGAGUCAGAGAAGUUUAAUGGUCUACCUGGAGUUAUCUUUGUCCUCCCUGAUUCUUACAUUGAUCCACAAAACAAGGAGUAUGGAGGAGAUAAAUACAUUGAUGGAACAAUCAUUCCAAGGCCACCACCAAUUCAGUAUGGUAGGCAGACUGGAAGAUAUGGUGACCGCAAUCGUGGUCCAAACCAACCAAGACAAGAUCGGCCGGGAGGACCAGUGCCAAAUCAGCAGGUAAAUCCCUCAUAUGGUCAACAAGGUCCUAUGCAAGGAGGCGGAAGGAACUAUGGGCCUCCACAAAGUUAUCCAACCCAACAGAAUUAUGGACCUCCUGGACAUGGGGAACAACGAGAUCGUAUGCCAAUCAAUGCUCCUGGUGGGAGGAAUCCAUACGAACAAGGAAGUGGAGCCUCAACCCCUUCAUAUCAGGGAAACUACAAUCAGGGGGGUUCAGGUAAUUUUCAUCCUCAACAACAGAGGGAAUUCCAACAGGGAGAUCAGAGGAACUAUGCACCUCCUAGGCAGCAGGGUGGCUUUAGGGAAGACUAUAAUAACUAUGGCCCAACUCAAGGUCCACCUUCUGGACAAGGAGUUGGUGGAUAUCAAGGCCAGGGACCACGCGAUUCUUAUUGGCAAGGAUCAAACUCUGGACCUGUUGGUCAAGGAACCCCAGGUUAUGGGCAAAAUUAUCCUGGGCAGAAUCAAGGACAAGGACAAGGUUUCCCACAAGAGGAGCAAAGGAAUGUGCCAGGGCAGCAAGGGAACUAUCCACCGAUAGGACAAACAGGACCUAAUCAAGUAAGAGUAUCUAUGUUAAAUAAUAAAUAUUAAUUUUCAUUUGAUGGGGGACAACUAGUUUCUUACCAUCCUGUAGAUGAUCUUUUAUUUAUUUAUGUUUUGCUGGAAGUUAGAUGGAUAAGCUGGAUUAAGAAUUUGUUAUCAUAUUGCUUUUUCCUGAGUUAUAUAAUCUUUUAAGUUAUAUUUUCCGUCGACUAUCAAGUUCCUGGAAACACUUACACCCCUCUUCUAGUUUGAAGGAUAGACAACCUCUAUUCUAAGACAAAAUGAUAUCAAUGAUUUGGGUAGGCCUGCUGAUUACUAAUGCCACUUGCAAACUAAACAUUAAACAGUUGGCCACAAUCACAUACCUUAGUUCUUCAUUUUCUUUGGUUGAAAUCUUUUUCAAUUGUUGAGAUAGACAUAGAUACAUGGGGAAAACAAUACUUUGAUUGAAGCAUUCACAGUAGUUUAGGAGUAAUUUUGCUAGUUUUUAUCUCUUACCAAAUUUAAAUAUAGUGCUUUUAUCUCUUACAAUACUUUGAUUGAAACGUUUAAUGUCUAAAAGUAAAAUCAAUUUUUUCAUGGAACAUUAGAUGACACUGAUUUUUUGUUUUUACAGGGAAGAUAUUGAUAACGCCUUGUUUGUUUCAUCGGAACGAUCGAUUUCACGAUGGUUUUGCUAAAGUUGUGAGCCACAUGCCUAUCUUGUUAGCUUGUAUAAUCUCAUCAUAAACCAAAAUACAAAACCUUCUGAAUUUUGUCAUGGUAAAUAAUCAGUGUCCUUUAAAAUGAUGUUAAACUUUGUCAACAGGGUUCAUAAAUCAAGAACUGUUCUGUUUUUGCUUAAGAGCUCCAAUAUUCAACUUCGUGCGGCCAAAUGUGAAGGCCUGAGUUCUAUAAUAUUAUCAUGUCAAACUUAAUUUUCCCAUUUCUUUUUAGAAAUUUGAGUCUUACAAGUUUGUUGCCA